AUGCAGGACAUAUGCGCUCACAGUCCACGUCUCAUACGGUUCUCCACUGGAGCCCGGCAGCUUCAAGAGGUCCUACCGCUUCCCUGCGUUGCAGCCGUUCGCGGUGGUCCACCGCGUGGUGCAGGUCGACGCGGAGGACUCCUCGUGGAGUGCACGGUGGAGAACGCCUCCCAGGGCGGCAUCUGCCUCACCUCCUGCAGGCUCGACUGCGCCGACGGCCUGGAGGCCACGCCCCUGGGCGCCGGCGCAGGCGAGAACCUCUCGCAGUUCCUGAAGCCCCGGGGGGGCCAGAGCCUGACCUUCCGCGUGGCGGCGGCGGGGGAGGACCCCAGCGCAGGCUUCCUGCGGCAGCUCGACUUCGUCGGGGACCUGUCGCUGGGGUGGCAGGUGUUGGACGGCCCGUCGGGGUGCGUGGAGGGGCACCAGAUCCGCAUCCGGCCGGAGCCCCCCGUGAGCCUCGACCUGCGCGUGCGACCCGUGGCCCUGGAGGUCCGCGUGGAGGAGCCGUUUUGCAUCGAGGUCGAGGUGGCGAACCGGGCCGCGAAGCCGGCUGAGCCGAGCCUGCGGUUCGACCUGCGGCUCAUGGGCGGGAUCCGGCUGCACGGUGCGCUGGUGCGCGCGGUCGGGCCGCUGCAGCCCGGCGCCACGGCCCGCGUGCCCCUGGACCUCGUCGUCGCGAUACCAGGCCUUCACGGGCUUCAGGGCGUGUCGGUGGUCGACGAGUGCACCCAGGCGAAGAGCGAGUUCGGGGUCCUCUGCGACAUCCUCGCCUUCUGA